AGGAUAAAUCAUAUGUGCAAAUACAUCGAGGUUUAUGAAGGUCUAAGGGGAUUAUAUAAACACCCUAAAGGCUCAGAAAUCUCCAAUAGUUGCUUACCGUAGGUGGUUGAAAAAUGGAUUCUUCAAUGGCAAGUCCUGGAGGGUCUGGUGAUGAAGGUUCUCACCAGGGAAGAAGACCCUCCUACAAACGUCUUUCUUCUGCUCAAACAGCCAGACUUGAAAGAUUCAUCAAGGAUUGCCCACACCCUGACGAAGCUCAACGACGUCAAUUAGCUUCUGAAAUUGGUCUUGAGACUAAACAAAUAAAGUUUUGGUUUCAGAAUAAGAGGACCCAAAUCAAGAAUCAACACGAGCGAGCAGAUAACACUGCUCUUCGGGUUGAGAAUGAUAGGAUCCAUACUGAAAACCUUCUAAUGAAAGAGGCACUGAAGAACAUGCUUUGCUCAUCUUGUGGGGGUGCACCGUGUCAAGAAGAAGAUCAUGAACAUGCAAUCCAAAGUAUGCAACUUGAAAAUAUUCAGCUAAAAGAAGAGCAUGAGAAAGUGUCUAGCCUUCUUGCAAGGUACUUGGAGAAACAAAUGUCACCACCUGAGCUCCAACAACAGGCUUUUAAUAUUCCUAUCAUAGGAUCAAGUUCACAUGCUCCAGAACUUGAAAAUUCAUCACUAAACUAUGAGAUUGGUGGAAGUUCAUCAAGUCAUGGUCCAAGUCGUUAUGGUAUGCAAAUUAUGGUUAGUGAUGACCAUAACUUAUUGAGAAGUGAAGGUAUAGAAAAGGCCCUUAUGUUUAAGGUUGCUGCUGCCGCAAUGAACGAAUUGAUUAGGCUUAUUCGGAUUAAUGAGCCCUUAUGGACCAAGUCUUCAACUCAAGAUGGGAAGCCAAUUCUUCAGCAUGAAAAUUAUGAGAAAAUAUUUCCAAGGACCAAUAGUUUCAAAGGUGCCAAUCUGCGUGUAGAAGCAACAAAAGAAUCAGGAAUAGUGAGCAUUAAUAGCAUUCAACUAAUUGACAUGUUUCUGGAUCCGGACAAAUGGGUUAAUCUGUUCCCAACAAUUGUUACAAAGGCAGAAACAAUGAAAGUAAUUGAAAAUGGUUUGGUAGGAAGUCGAAGUGGAGCCUUGCAGCUGAUGUUUGAGCAAAUGCAUGUUCUUUCACCUUUGGUGCAACCUCGCGAGUUUCAAUUCCUUCGCUAUUGUCAGCAAAUUGAAGAAGGUGUAUGGGUGAUAGCAGAUGUGUCAUUUGAUUCCUUUCGACAAAAAACCUCUUUUUUUCACUCUUGGAGACAUCCCUCUGGAUGCAUGAUUCAAGAAAUUCCUAAUGGCUGUUCCAUGGUUACUUGGGUUGAACAUGUGGAAGUGGACGAUAAGAUCCAAACCCAUCAGCUAUACAAAGACCUUAUUGCUACAGGAAUUGCAUACGGAGCAGAAAGAUGGAUUAUGGAACUUCAAAGAAUUUGCGAGAGAUUUGCUUGCUUUUAUGUUGAAAGGAUACCUAGUCAAGACUCUGGAGGAGUGAUCAAUUCUCUUGAAGGAAGGAGGAGUGUAAUGAAUUUUUCGCAUCGUAUGAUCAAAGUCUUUUGUGAGAGUUUAACCAUGUCAGGUAACUUGGACUUCCCACAUAUGAAUAUGGAGAACAAUAGCGGUUUGAGGGUUUCUAUUCGCAAAAACAGAAACCACCUUGGUCAACCAAAGGGCAUGAUUGUUGUAGCUGCUACCUCCAUUUGGCUUCCUCUCCAUUACAUGAAAGUUUUUGAGUUCUUCACUGAUGAUAGAAGACGUGCUCAGUGGGAUGUUCUUUGCUUUGGAAAUGAUGCGAACAAGGUUGCACACAUCUCAAAUGAAAUUCAUCCUGGCAAUUGUAUAUCUAUUUAUCGGCCAUUCAUCCCUAAUGAGAACAAUGCGCUGGUUCUUCAAGAGAGUUUCACAACUCCCAUGGGAUCGUAUGUUGUGUAUGCUCCAACCGAUGUAGCAGCUAUGAAUUCGGCCAUAAACGGAGAAGACUCUUCAAUGUUACCAGUUCUUCCAUCAGGUUUUGUCAUCUCUGCAGAUGGUGAACCAAAUGCAGCUUUGGGAGCAUUUAAUAGUUCAGAUAUUGAAAGAUUGGGAGGCUCAUUACUGACUGUGGCUUUCCAAAUACUUGCUUCAAGUCCAGAUGGAAUCAAUAUGUCAAACAUGGAAUCUGUGGAAGCUGUGAACUCCCUUUUAACCUCAACAAUCCUAAAAGUCAAGGAUGCUUUGAAUUGCAACAACUUGGAGUGAUCUUUUGGUUAUGUAGUUUUUUUUCCUAUCUCUAGCUCAAGGACAAAAUAUUGCUUUGUUUCCUUUGCAUGCAUGACUAGUUUGCUUGACAUUUGAAUUAAAUAAUAUCUGCUUUAUUUCA